ACCAGGAACGUGCAGGAACGAGCGGAAGCGGACCGCCGUGAACUAACGGAGCAGUCGCGUGCUGUCGUCGGAUUGUUUGUCAAUAUUGUUCUCUUCUUCCACCUUCGCUUGCGACGCCGUUUAUCUUAUCCCCCCCGUACUUCGGGGUACGUUUUACGACGUUCGUUGACGAGCAUACUCGUCGUCACGCUGGCAUGACGGACGGUCGGCGACAGGUUCGGUAGCGCGACGAAUUGUCAUUACCACUUCUUCCUCUGCUCCACCGCUUCCUCCUCCUCCUCCCUCCUCCUCCUCCUCCUCCUCCUCCUCUUCCUCCUCCUCCUCCUCAUCCUCCUCUCCUCCUCGCGGCUCGCCCCUUCGUGCGACGCGCGUGACGUUUCGCAAGAUUUCCUCUCCCCGUGGCCGUCACCGCUGGCCUCGUCUCUGACAACGCCAAGACGCUGGAAUGCGAGAACGCGGUGGCAUACGCAUGUAACGGGCGCGUAUCACACGGCACAUUGACACAGCGCGAGCGCACGUGCGUGCAUACACGCACGCACACUCGCAUAUACAAUGCGCCGACGAACUCCUCCAUCCUUCUCGUUGAGAGGAUGCACCGAUCCGUGACCUCGUCGCCGGUGAAACUCCAGGCUUGACGAGCGGCAGCGGCGAGUUUCGACUCCCAGUACAUCGUCGCCCAAGGGAGCUCCGCAGUCUCCGUGGAAGUGAACUGGACCUUGGACGAGUACAGUUCAAGCGGAACACAGCAAACGAGUUUCUCACGCUUUAAUUGAGGAAAACGGAAACGAGACGUACGCAGAACAUCGUCCGCGAUAAUAGAGCGACGUCGAAUUGUAUAAGUUUUCACUACGCCGAGGGAGGGGGCAGGAGUGUACGGGACUGACGGGACUGAACGUGUGUAACACACUGGAGAGAAACACUUCCAGUGUUUAUCAGCGUAAACGAAUUUAUUAUCGGUGAACGGCGGGUGUAAAUAAUAUUCAUUGGAAGAAAAUGUGUGAUGUCAAAGUGAUAGAAUAUAGAGACAUAGGUGGCCAAUACAGAGCAAUUGAUUACAACAGACUAUUGUGUAUCUCGCUUAGUUGAUGUACGGAACUUUGCCUUAGACAUUUGUCUAGCACUUUUAUUGCAUAUCUUUAGUCGUUGCUCUGGUUAGAAAAUACUCCCGUGUUCACAAAACUGCAAAAUUUCAUGAGGCCGAAAGUGCCUCAAAAGAGGGGAAACUUUCUUUUGAGAAGGUACAGCGUUCUACGAUCGACUGCAACGAACAAUGAACCAUUCGGGAAGCGGAAAACGCCAGGCGAAGGUUUUGGAAGAAAAUUAUUGGGACUGCAGUGUCUGCACUUAUAGGAAUACAGCGGAAGCAUUUAAGUGCCUCAUGUGUGACGUCCGCAAAGGUACCUCUACGCGGAAACCCCGCAUAAAUCCCCAAUUGGUAGCUCAACAGGUUGCGCAGCAACAAUAUGUACCACUUUUGAAACCGGGUAAAAAGGAAGGGAGCGGUGGUGGUAGCACGACCAGCGGCGUCAAAGAAAAGGAGCGCAAACUGGACAAACUGAGGCGCAAGAACAGGCAUCCGCCGCGUCUGAAGAAUAUCGACCGUAGCACUGCACAGUCGAAUGAAGUAACGGUCAACAAUGUCACCGUCACUAUCACGGAGUACAAGCCUAAAGUAAAGAAGGGCUCGGAUCAGUCGAGCAACGCGAGUUCUGAAGGCGGCAGCCAGCAUGAUUCAAAUCAGGACUCCAGAAGCCUCGAUGUAGGAACCGACGCCUAGUUUAAAUGCUAAUGUUACAAAUGUGUGUAUGAAUUAUUCUAAUUAAUAUAUUGUAUGUAUGUCAACUCUAUGGUCAACUGUACAUCCUUUAGCAAACGUGACCAUUCGUUGACAGUCGGCUCUUUUCUCAUUUGACUAUGCGUCGUAAGUAUGUAUGACAAAUCUAAUGAGGUCAUGCAUUUUGUGCUGUCAGCAUAUUAUUAUUGACUGAUUGUGAGCAUGGUAUAUUAUCAUUCAAGGAAGGAAGAAUAGGAAUAUAUGUACAUUAUACGUUACUGUUUUACUGUUGCAAAAUAUUGAGUAUCGCAGAUGGAGAUAAUUUGGGACAAAUUUUGUUAUAUUUUUUAAUGAGAAAAGAGUUUAGUAAUAAUAAUUAGUCUAGAUGAUAAUUAUUAAGCUUUAGUGAAAUACUUUCAAUUAAGUAUUCAAUUAACAUAACUAAAUCUUCAGUAAUAUUUAAUAAUCAUUUAGUAACCGUUUAGUAACUGAUUGAUUGUUAUUAUUAUGUUUGAUUACUAUUAAUAUAAUUAUUAAAUAUUAUUAAAUAUUUGGUUAUAUUAAUCAAAUAUGUAAUUGAAAUUACUUUACGAAGACUUAAUCAUUAUUACCGAGCUCUUUGUCAGUGUCUAAUUUAAAUGUAAUAUGAUUUAUAUCAAUACAAAGAUCUUAUAUUUAAGGCCUUCUAAAAAUGUGGAAACCCUUUAAUAUUUUGAAAAUCAAGUAUUUCCGAAAAAAAUAUUUCAGACAAAAGUUUUAGAGUUUAAAAAGAUCUAUCUUCUGUUCUUAUCAGUUUGACCCUAUGUGGCGUCGCCAAAGUCAGAUCAAAGUCAUAUCGAUUUUUUUAAAAUAAAACGCCCUAUUUUUGAUUCCAGAAUCUAAAACACUAUAAUGAGAUUUGAAAAUUACAGUAUACAUUUGCAACAAGAUUAGUUAAAAAAAUUUAUUACCCGAAUUAUAUCGAGUCAAAGUCGCCCUUUAAAAACUUAAAUUUCUUUCGUCGCCUUACUGACUUUUUUACUACUAUUGCUAAAACGCAACAAUUACUAUCGUAGUAAUUUUGUUAUAAUUUAUCUAUAAAGAAAGAAACUGUAAUUUUUUUUAAUUUUUUCUGGUGAUUCAUACAUAAAUAUCAUGACCAAAUUCAACAAAAGUACACUUUGUUGAAUUUCCAAAGUGUUCCAAGAUUCUCAUCUACAGUAAUUUGCAUCAUUUUUCGUGCUUUUUUUACGAAAACAAAAAAUGUACUUAAAAAAUCAUUGACUUUACGGACGUUAUUCUUUUGUUUCGUGAUAUUUAUUAAAUUUGUUGAAAUAGUCUACGCUAUAUUUAAAUGCAAAAAAAGGAAGGAAGCAAAUUGUAAAUAUCAGUGAAACAAAAUUUUAUGAAUGAAUAUUGUUAAUAUAUAAUUAUAUUCUCAAUUUUUAUUACGAGAUCACUGCCAGAAAGUGCAUCGUAAGGCAGUUACUAUUUAAAAUUCGUUAACAAGACUAACCAGCAUGGACUGACAUCGGUACAUAUGUACAUUUUAUUCCAUUCCAAUUCUAAUCAUUAAAAUAAAUUUUCUUGAAACAAAAUAUUUAAAUAAUAAAAAAAUUAUGUUACUGAUCUCCAUGAUUCUAACUUAUUCUGUAUUUUUUAUUAAGCACAGUUAAAUUCAUUAAUUUAUAAUCGUGUUAAAAAAUGUUUAAUCGCAAUUGUAUGUACAGAUCGAAUAUGAAUUUUCAGAUAAUGUAAUAUACAUGUACUUCGCGUAUUGAAUAUUCAAACAAUCAAUCCCCCUCCCACCUCACCAUUAUAAAAAAAGACAAAAUUUCACUUUCAGAAAAUAUGCAAUUCAAGACUGUUAAAAGAAUAAAAAGACGUAACACUUUGUUUAACAAUGCAAAGGCAUAUGUGCAUAUAAAAAAAUCGUUCGAGUUUAUAUUUGUAAUUGCUUUACAAAAUGUCAUAGCACUUGUAUUUAUUCAAAAUUAAAAAUUGCAACUACAAGAAAGACAUUAACAGUUCUUUAAAUGAAUGGUUAAAUG